AUGUCUGAAGUCACACAGAAGAAAGUUUCCCCUCCAUCCCAACAACUUUUGAAUGACAAGUGGGAUGUCGUUCUCUCAAACACCCUUGUGAAGACUGGUUUGGGUUUCGGUUGUGGUGUCUUGGCCUCUGUCUUGGUUUUCAAAAGAAGAGCUUUCCCAGUGUGGUUAGGUGUUGGCUUUGGUUUGGGUAGAGGUUACGCCGAAGGUGAUGCUAUCUUCAGAUCCCCAGUUGGUUACCGUAAUGUCCAAGCUUAA